CAACAUCAUUUGCAGUAGAGAAGCGGUGACUCCAAAGGCAAAGAUGAUGAUGAUGAGAUGAUGAUUGAGGCGUGGCAUGUAGCAUGCAUGCCUCCGCACCACCAUAUAUGCAUGGAUGGUUCCAUCGCCUGCAGGCUGCAGCGCGCGCUAGCUUAGCUCACGAGAGUCACGGCGACAUUAGAUAUAUUAUCGUCGCAGAAAGGAUAAGCAUAUAUCAGGUAGACGAAGACGACAUGGAGGUCUUCCUCCUGCUCCACAGCGUGGUGAUGCAUGUCACAGCUGCGCUGGUGAUCCUGGUCUACAUCCCGCUCUCAGCUCCGGUGAAGCUGUUGGUGCGCGCGUUCGUCAAGCCGCUCAGGAAGGAGGACCUCAGAGGGAAGGUCGUGCUCAUCACCGGCGCCUCCUCCGGCAUCGGCGAGGAGCUCGCUUACCAGUACGCCAAGGAAGGGGCGUGCCUUGCGCUGGUGGCGCGGAGGGAGCAGGCGCUCAAGGCCGUGGCCGCCGCCGCCCUGGAGCGCGGCGCGCCGGACGUCCUCGUCUUCCCCGGCGACGUUUCCGACCCCGACCAGUCGAGGCGCGCCGUCGAGGAGACCGUCGCUCACUUCGGCAAACUGAACCAUCUGGUUGCCAAUGCCGGCAUCUGGUCCAGCUGCUCCUUCGAUCAAGUCACCAACAUAACUGCCUUCACCAAGCUGAUGGACGUGAAUUUCUGGGGCUCUGUCUAUCCAACCUACUAUGCCCUUCCACACCUCAAGGCCAGCAAAGGGAAGCUCAUCGUCUGCUCCUCAGCAGCAGGCACCGUGGCCACGUCCAGGAUGGCCUUCUACAAUGCGAGCAAAGCAGCACAGCUGAGGUUCUACGAGACGCUGAGAACCGAGGUGGGGUCAGAGGUCGGCAUCACCAUCCUCACGCCUGGCUACGUCGAGUCCGAGAUAACCAAGGGCAAAGGGAUCCAGAAAACCGGCGAGGUCGCCGUCGACGAGGACGCCAGAGAUGCGCAGAUCGGGGUGUUCCCGGUGGGGCGAGUGGAGGCGCUGUGCGAGGUGGCGCUGGACGGCAUCAGGAACGGCGACUGGUACGUGACAUGGCCGUCCAUGUACCGGCCGCUGCAGCUGAUCGCCUGCCUCGCCCCUGAGGUCCUGGACUGGAUGUCCAACGCCAUGUACAAGGAGGCCGCGACCGCGCAAGGGAGGCGGCCGCUAGGGCAGCGGAUCCUGGAGGCCACCGGAGGCAAAAGGCUGUACCCGCCGUCGCUUCUGCAGCCGCGGAUCAAGACGGACUAGUAGACGUACUCUGGGAGCUGAGGAAGAAGGAACAUGCAUGCAGAUGCAGCAUCAAUGCAGCCGCAAAUUAUUGGAAGUUUGGAACAAUGAAUUACAUUCGGAGAUUCUGUAACAGUUUGUGAUUCAAAAGUGAUUGUGUCUAUGUAUGCCAUGUCGAUGCCAAUUGUCAGAACGUGAUGAAAGAUUUAUUUACAUACGGUUCUUAUUAUUUUUCUUA